CUCAGGGUCAGCAUCUGUGAAAUGGAGAGACCCCUGCCCCUCGCGCCCCUUCUCAGGGCCUUGGGAGGAGCCAAGAGAGAAGGGAGGUCCCGGGGAAAGGGAUUUAUGGCCUGUAGGGGGCCCGGAGCUGGGUCCCCCACACAUCCUGCCUGAAAGCCGGGUCCUGGGGGGCUGGCCUGGGAGGCGGGGUGGGGGUGGUCAACCGCGAGCCAGGGCAGACCUGGGCCACAGAGGCCCACAGGACAGGGCUUGAGCAGAGCCCCUGAUUGGCCUUCCCAUCCCCGAAUCUCAGAACUCCAUUCUGGAAGCCGGGGCCGCCCCGCCUGCCCCUUGGGCCGGGCCAGAACCAGUGUCCCACGCUUCGGGAGGGAGGGGCUGGGCCACAUCCCAGGCCAGGUCUGGCUGAAACCGGGGUGGACGUCCUGUCUGCAGAGCACGCCGGGUGCCCUGGGCUGUGUCUGUUCCCACCCAGUCCCAGCCUCCUGCUCUCCCGGGUACCCCCCACGGGAAGGCAGAGGAGCCGGAGAUCAGAGCUGGCGUGGGGACAGGGCCUGGGGCCUCAGUGUGCUGGCCGUUUAUUUAUAGCCCCAGUCCAGGCCCUGGGAUGGCGUCUCACUCACCCCCAGAGCUAAGCCGACAUGUCCCGCCACAGCCAGGGGUGGGAAUAGCAGGCACCACCCCCAGCCAGCUGUGCGGCGCCCUGCGGUUCCCUGUGGCCCUCUGCCCGGCCUCCUGGGCUGCUCCCACUUCGUCCUUCACCUCGGACAGGACCCCUCUCUGCUCCCAGCUCGCUGCCUUCCACAGCCGAAGCAGGACUGAGCUCGAAAGCCUGGCUAGGACCCCCGACCUGUCCCCAGCAUUGCUGUGCCCCGAAUGCCCUCCCAAGGCUGCCAGGGACCUCGGCCCACCCCAGACCCCUGUGGACCACCAUCAUCAACGCCGAUAUGAGAAAAAAAUGCUGCGUGGGCUGGAGGCUGGGGGUGGCAGGAGUGUGGUGGGCCCAGAGAAGGGCCCAGAGGCCUGCCAGGGUCACCCAGGGGGUGCAGGCUGGCCAGCAUGUCCGAGAAACCGCCAGAAGCCACUGGACAAUGGGACCUCCUCCAGCAAGCCUCCAGGCCGGGGAGCUGUGCAUCGUCCCUGGGUCACUAUGGGGGUCCGGAGAGCCGUGUCAGGGCCGGCCAUAAAGGUGAGGAGAGAGGAGGAAACCCGUGAGGCCACACUGACUUCCGCAGUCAGGGGAGCAGACCUGUGUGACCUCGGCCAGGGCUGGCCUCUCCGCUGGGAGGGGACCUCGCAGGACAGUCUCCAGGCUGAGAACGGGGAGACAGAGACGGAUGCACCCUGAGAGCCCCUCCUGGCUCUGGGCUGGCUGGAGGCCCCUCACGUCCACGGACCUUCAGGCACGGAGCCAUGAUCCAGCACCAGCGCAGAGACCCUGGGGCGCAGCCCUUCCCAGCACCCGACCACCGCUUUCUCUGUGCGGAUCUCCCCGGUCGUUUUGCACAGUGUGGACGCGGCCCUGAGACCCGCCUUCUCCGUGGGAGAGUAGCUCCCACGUCACUGGGGAAUUCACAGAAUGUGCUGGGCGCUACCUUGUGUCGCAGCUUCGUGUGAGGCCACUGAGCUGACAAAGUUCCAGAAAUGUCCGACGGCCAUCUGCGGGUGGAGUCCGAACAGAUGCCAGCGUUUUGCUUGUAGAGAUGCUACUUCAGCGUGUCUCUGUCCAGGGGAACGUCUCCUGCUCCUGGGCUGAGUUCACAAGACCGGAAUGACUAGGACCGAUGGUGGAGGGUUACACACUCGGCCUCCGACGCUCGCCAGCACACCCGUCGCACGCACCCCGAGGCCCCCAGCGGGCAGCACUGAGCGCCCCUCGACACACUGUCCCUGCAGUGGGAGGCCGUUCUGCACCAAAGGGAUGAACCGUGUGCCACGGACAUGGUGGACACCCCCCAGCGAGGGGAAGAAGCCGGUCACAGAGGACCACACAGCACCUGGUCCCGUGUGUGCCACAUCCGGAGUCGGCAAAUCCACACGGACGGAAAGCGGGUCGCUGGUUGCCGAGGGCUGGAGGAGAAGGAGUGAGGAACUCAUGUUUAACGGGAUGGGGUUUUGGAGUGGGGAGAAUGUUCUAGAACUGAGUAAGGAGUUGGUUGCACAUUCUGAAUGUGCUAAAUGCCACUGAAUUGUUCAUGUUUGAAAACAGUGGUUUGUUUUGGGGCGCCUGGGGGGCUCAGUCGGUGAAGCCUCUGCCUUCGGCUCAGGUCAUGAUCUCAGGGUCCUCGGACCGAGUCCCGCAUCGGGCUCUCUGCUCAGCCGGGAGCCUGCUUCCUCCUCUCUCUCUCUCUCUGCCUGACUCUGCCCACUUGUGAUCUCUGUCUGUCAAAUAAAUAAAAUCUUUUAA